GCAGGACAUCGGUAACUGGCGCCCUGUGUCUCUGCUGUGUGUGGAUUAUAAGCUUCUGUCCAGGGUCCUGGCCUCCAGGCUGAGGGGAGCUAUGGAGCAGGUCCUCCAUCGGGACCAGACCUACUGUGUGCCCGGCAGGUCCAUGGUGGAUAACGUCCACCUCAUUCGGGAUGUUUUGGAGGUCUCCAGCUCGUUGGGAGCGACGAGCUGCCGGGUUAGAGAGCUCCCCAUCGGUGACCUCCUCCCGGGUCGUUUUGUAAAGGUGGACCGGCUGUGGCCCCGAUGUGGAAUUUGACCCCGACUGACCCCGUCCCUCAAGCAGCCUUUCACUGACUCGGUGGACCGGGGGGAUAAAAGAGAAGAAGAAAAGAAGAGAAGUGAGAGCAGCAGCACCGACCGCCCCUCCGUCAUGCCGGUGGAGACCCUCCCCUUCACCUCCUCCAUGCCCUUCCGGAUCCUCCACAAGGGGCCGGACUACUUCCGGCGCCGGGCCGAGCCCAGCGCCCGCAAGCUGAGCGCCGUGGAGCGCCUGGAGGCCGACAAGGCCAAGUACGUGAAGAGCCAGCAGGUGGCGCUCACCCGCCAGGCGCCCAUCAUCCGCAAGCCCCUGGUGCCCCCGGGCGUGAUGCUCCACAUCGGCACGCCGCCGGCCAGGAAGCUCGCCCGCUGGCCGGCCGGCGUGGAGAACGAGGGCUGGAGGCGGGGCCCGGCGCUCAACCUGGACAUCCUGAACAAUCUGAUCAACGACGUGUGCGACGGGCCGCCGCCGCGCUCCUCCUCCUCCUCGUCUCCGUCGUCGGGCGCCAAGAGCGUCGGCGGCGGCCUCGACGACCUCCGACCGCCGCCCGCCUCCUCCUGCGCCUCCUCUCUGCUCAACAACCACCUCCUCCUGCUCCGGACCCCGAACUCAGUGGCAGUGCGCCGGGUGGACGUGCGGCCGCAGGAGGUGCGGAGGCCCCCGGGGGCCACGCGGCCGCAACUCCGGCCCCGACAGACGGCCCAGGGCCAGGUGGCCCGCCCCCAGGGCCCGCCUCCUCCUCCGCCCGCUCAGACCCCGCCCCCCGGCCCCCUGCCGGUCCGCGCGGCUCCUCCGGCCUCGCCCGCCUUCACCCGCGUCUCCAGCGCCAGCUCCCGGGGCUCGGCGGCGGCGCGGCGGCGCCCGGCGCUGCACCGCUCCAAGUCGGACCUGAGCGACCGCUACUCGCGCGCCACCGCCGACCUGGAGCGCUUCUUCAACUACUGCGGGCUGGACCCGCGCGAGCUGGAGGGGCUGGGCGGCGUGGAGCGCUUCUCCCGCGCCAACUCGGACAUCGUGUCCGCGGCCAAGCUGCGCAGCGCCAGCACGCCCAGCUCGGACUGCGGCGGGGACGAGGAGGAGGGGGAGGGGGAGGAGGGCGGCGCCGCCCGGCCCGGCGAGCGACCCCCCUACGGGAUCUCCGUCAUCGAGAGGAACGCUCGGGUCAUCAAGUGGCUGUACGGCAUCCGGCAGGCGAGAGACGCCAACAGCAACGCCGGGUCCGGCGUGUAGAGGACCGACCGGAGAGGACCGGAGAGGACCUGUUGUACGUGAAGAAGGGAACGCACAUCUUCUGCUGCCUGACCCUCCCCCGGACCCUCAGACCCUCCGGAACCUCAGGACCCUCCGGACCCCCCAGACCUCCUGUGGAGACUCUUUGCUGGACUGAACGUUUUCCGUCACCUGGGAGACGAAAGCAAUAAUAGACUGAGGUGUAGAUGAUGACGAUGGUGAGGAUGAAGGUGUGUGGUUCGUCAUGUUGAGGUACUUGUGUGUGUGUGUGUCAGGAAGAUGCUCUUAGGCCACAAAUAUAUGGACCAAUAUUUAUUUGGAAAAGGUUUUUACCGGAAUGUAUUUUUUAAUGUUGAACAACUUUUGUGUUCAGAGUUCAGUCUCCAACCAAUCGGCUCCAUGGAGGGUCACAUCGGAAUGCUCACGGCGCCGCCCACAUGGCGCCGGUCACACGGCAUGCGACACGUGGCCUCAUGAAAGCGAGCGGCCGCCGUGUGUUUACUUGACUUCCUGUCUGGAGGCCCGUCUCCCCCUUUGUGCCAGAUCUCUGCCCCUUUUCACAAACUACUUCCUGUUUGGAGUGUUCAGCACAUUGGGUGUAGGAGGCUCCGCCUCCUCCCCGUCACCUGGCGGGCUGCAGCGCCGUCACGUGACCCACCGUGCUUUACUGAGGUGUUUCUAACGAUUCAUAAUAAAAAGGAAACAUGUUAAAUAUC